AUUUCGGGUGUGUGUGGUGGGGCCGUCGGGGAGGCUGAAGCAGACGCUGCGGUUUUCGCCGUCUUUGAGCUGCUGGAACCCGGCUCUGAGCCGAGGACUGUCGCCGGCCCUCGGUUCCCGCGCCUGUUCCGACUCCUGACCGGGGCGGGGGCCCGCGGCCCCUCCCCUGCGCCAGGGCCGAAGAUGAGCUUCCUCUUCAGCAGCCGCUCUUCUAAAACAUUUAAGCCAAAGAAGAAUAUCCCUGAAGGCUCUCAUCAGUAUGAACUCUUGAAACAUGCAGAAGCGACUCUCGGAAGUGGCAAUCUGAGACAAGCGGUUAUGUUGCCAGAGGGAGAGGACCUCAAUGAGUGGAUUGCUGUUAACACUGUGGAUUUCUUCAAUCAGAUCAACAUGUUAUAUGGAACUAUUACAGAAUUUUGUACUGAAGCAAGCUGCCCAGUCAUGUCUGCAGGUCCCAGGUAUGAAUAUCAUUGGGCAGAUGGUACUAAUAUUAAAAAGCCCAUCAAAUGUUCUGCACCAAAAUACAUUGAUUAUUUGAUGACUUGGGUUCAGGAUCAGCUUGAUGAUGAAACUCUUUUUCCUUCUAAGAUUGGUGUUCCAUUUCCCAAAAACUUUAUGUCUGUGGCCAAGACGAUUCUAAAGCGGCUGUUCAGGGUUUAUGCCCAUAUUUAUCACCAGCACUUUGAUUCUGUGAUGCAGCUGCAAGAGGAGGCCCACCUCAACACCUCCUUUAAGCACUUUAUUUUCUUUGUUCAGGAGUUUAAUCUGAUUGAUAGGCGCGAAUUGGCACCUCUUCAGGAAUUAAUUGAGAAGCUUGGAUCUAAAGACAGAUAAAUGUUUCUUCUAGAACACAGUUACCCUCUCCCUCUUGCUUCAUCUAAUGCUCUCUCAAUGCUAUCUGGCAUAGACUAGUGAUAUAGACUGUAAGAAAAAGGGAUAAAAAAGAUAUCCAUUGUCCCAAAGGUAGGUUGGUGUAAUAGCUUCAGAAUGAGACCUUAAGGACACAGAUCAGAAGUACUGUGUGGCCACGCCUGCUUUCGUUAAGAGUCCUAUGGAACAUGUGAUGACUAGUUUGUAGUUAUUCUUUUAUUCAGGAAUAUAACUGCCUUUGUUUCAGGUAAUAACAUAAUGGAUGUUAAGAAUUUUCAGCAAUAAUUUAUUAAUAAGGUUUCUAGAACAAAUUAAACAUAAUCAGAAGAGUUUUAUUCUGAUUUUUAUUAUAAGUAGAAAAGGUAUGUUUAAGUUUCCUUAUAAUUUACAACUUCUUGUCUCUUUGGGUAACCUUUUAGUUUCAAGGUUGUAUGCUAAUGUUUCUAUAGAUAAGAAUAUCUUUUUUUUUUUUCUAGCCAGGCAUGGUUAUGCACACUUGUUACAUCCCAGCACUCUGGAGGUAGAGACCAGCUUGGAAUACAUAGUGAGACCUUGUUGUCUCCUCUCUCCCCUUCCCCCCCAAAAAAGAAUAUGUUUAUUUUUGAAAAUCCAUGCUGGAUGGUCUAAAUCAUCAUGUGGCCUAUAUGGAAUGGAAUUAACCAAAGUUAUUUUUAAAGUGACUUCAUCUGAGAUUGUAUCCACAUUUGUCUAAAUUAUUAGGGGAGAGUGUAUCUGAAGUAACUAUGUCUUCUAAGGAUGAUCUUGUAGGUUUAUUAUUAUUAUUUAAUUCACUUGAGACCAAGAGAGAAAGAGAAAGAGGAGUGAGAGAUGAUAGGCGUGGCAGGGCUUCUAGCCAUUGCAAAUGAACUCCAGAUGCAUGCGCCAUCUUGUGCAUCUGGCUUAUGUGGGACCUGGAGAAUUGAACCUGGACCCUUAGGCUUCACAGGCAAGUGCCUUAAUCACUAACUCACCUCUCCAGCCUAGGUUUUUGUUUUAAAAUGCUUCUUUCAAAUUAAUAUGUAGCUUUUGACUGAGAAAAAAAAAAGACUUCUAAAAAAACUGUGACAAAUUUAACACUCUCAGCCACUGUCUUCAGUGACUUUGUUUUUCCAAGGCCUUGCAGUUCUGAAUGAGAGGAAAGUAUUCAGAGUACUUCUCUUCUUUGUUUCCUGGUUCCCCUCCCAGCCCCCUAGGUAGGGUCUCAGUCUAGCCCCACUGACCUGAUACUCGUUGUGUAGUCCCAGGCUAACCUUGAACUCAUGGCCAUCCUUCUACCUCUGCCAAGUGCUGAGACUUCUGUGUUUUUAUUGUGACUUGAAACUUAGUUUAUGUAAAGAAAUACACAAACUUUAUACCAGUAAGGACAAAACUUAAGGCCACAAUAAAAAAGCCUUGAGUGUGUGCACACUUACAACACGGCAGAAGGGUAGCUGUGCUGCUUAUGAGAGCAAACUUAAAAGGAGACAAAAAUGGUAGAAGUACAUUAAAAAUAAUCUUCAUUCUGGUAAUACUCAAUGGAUAGGUUGUGCUGUAGGGUUUUAUCUUGUUUUGUAUUGAAACUUGAAUUUUUUCUUUUUGCAUUGGGAUAAAAGAACUUUUCUCAUUUGA